UAUUUAUUUAGAAGCCUAUCUUUAAGCUCGGUCAGUCUGCGAAACACCACAAGUGUUCACUUGGGAUUGAUGGCGUGAAGCAGCGUGGAGCACCUGACCAUGUGCAUUUUAUAGCUUGCGGCAGCUGCUGCACCUGUGACCAUGAGUGGGUUAAUGCUGCCUGUCUAGCUGACAGCAGGACAGAGGGAGGAAAGGGAAGCUUAAAUGAGUGAGAGGCAGGGGGCAGAGGAGGAGGAGGAGUGACAGAAUGAUAGAGUGAAUUAAUUCAACCUUAGCCAGCCCUGAUUGACUCGGCACCAAACUGGCAUGUACAAACAUUCACAGUGACACCAAAGGCAUGGAGGGAGAAAAGAGGAAUGAUAUGUCCUUGUCUAGAAAAAGAAGUUUCACUUUUGGGGCAUAUGGCAGUGUGGACAGAUUCACAUGUGGUGAUGAGACUCGACCUGAAUCUGCAGAGGACAGAAUUCUGGACAUCCUGGACUCUCCUGCCAGUGAGAGCAAGCCUUUCCUUUCUUCCAGCAGCAACCAGAGGGACUCGGAGCUGUUUGAAAUCAUUGAGAAGCUGCAGGGCAGCAGGAUCGAUGAGCAACGGUGUGAAUUUCCCCUGCCUCUGAAGUCCCCACUUUUGACAAUUGGAAAAGAACUGCCGCUUAUCCUCCCUUCGAAAUUGGGAGGCUACUGGAUAGACCCCCCUCUGGACAGACUGGUAGAUGUGAGUCCCACCUCUUCCCACUAUGGCCUUGAUCCAGAGAGCUAUGACAUCAUGGAGAGAGAUGGUGAGGCCAAAAUCUAUCAUGAGUUCUUCCGCUCACGAUACCAUCACUCAUUCACAGCAGUGGAUCCAACUUUGGGACCACUGGUUCUCUCGGUGUGUUUGGAGGAAGAGGAGGAUAAGCUCAGGGUGAUACUAAGGAUAAAAGAGUGCUCUCUGCACGGAGUCUUCUCUGUGUGUCUUUUCCCCACCAUGCCAUCUGCAGUUGAAUUAGCAAAGAUGCUUUGUGACAGAGUGACUGUGUCAAAGUUUGACGUGGUCUGCCACCUCAAGGCUCCAGAACUAAUAGCCACGUUUGAUGAACACAGAGUGUCUCCUAAUUUCAAGUUUGGUGUUUUGUACCAAAAGAAGAGGCAGUUCACUGAGGAGGAAAUACUGAGUAACACUGAGGAAAGUGAGGAGUUUAAAGAGUUCCUGUCUAUUCUGGGAGAGACAGUUGAGCUGCAAGGAUUCACAGGCUUUAGGGGAGGUCUAGAUGUGUGUCAUGGUCAGACAGGACGUGAAGCAGUCUACACUUCCUUUCACGGGAGAGAAAUUAUGUUUCAUGUGGCAACUAAACUGCCUUACACAGAGGGUGACCCACAGCAGCUACAAAGAAAAAGACACAUCGGUAAUGACAUUGUAGCUUUGAUCUACCAGGACGGCCAAACUCCUUUUCUGUCUGAUGUCAUCAAGUCUCACUUCCUGCAUUGUUUUCUUGUUGUCCGGAGGAUUAAGAGGGAAGAGGAGGCAGGUGGAGUAGCAUAUCAGGUGUCUGUCACAGCAAGAGAAGAUGUUCCCCCCUUUGGGCCAGUGCUCCCAGAUCCCCCUGUCUUUACAGAUAAUUCAAAGCUGAGAGAGUUCCUACUGGCCAAACUCAUCAAUGCAGAAAUAUCCUGCUAUAAGGCUGAGCAGUUCAGCAAACUGGAGCUCCGUACUCGUUCAUCACUCUUGGAGAACUUGCAGGCUGAACUCUUCACCCGUUCCCAGUGCAUGAUGGGGGAUCGAUCACUGAUUACUGCCCCCACUUCAGAGGGCCUGCGGGGACCAUCUGAAGGAAGUGGGGGAUUUAUUGAAAAUUUUAAGAGAGCCAUCAGAGUGCGGAGUCAUUCUUUUGAGACUCUUGGGGUCCCCAGGAAGAGUGCUGGCAGCACAUCGCAGAAGCCUAAGACAGAGAAAGAUGGAGAUAGUGACAAAUCUUCAGGACCUCUGCCCGCUCUCACUGACAGUUUGGGGGCAGCUGAACUCAAAGAUCAAGCAAGUCCUCAAGAAGAGAUAUAAAAGGAGGAACUAACUUGUAGAUUUUAGACAUAAACAUAAAUAUAGCUAUUGCUAGCCUGCAGGGUUAGACUUUAAUAUCCUGGUGGAUGGCCUAUAUGUAAAUAGAGUGUAAUAGUUUUUCUGAAGAUAUAAUUAUAUGACUGUUAUAGGAGUGAUAUUCUAGAGAAUCUUUAAUUGAAAAGUUUGGCAUAAAACUGAUGAGAAUGAGAGUUAAAAAUGAUAUGACAAAAUAAGCUUUAUGCCAGUGACUGAAUUUGCGUAAAGACAACGGGGUACAGUGAAUUCAAUUAAAAUGAACAUACAAUGUAGACAAUAAAAG